AGGAAUUUUCAGGCGUCGAGAAGAAUAAAAAAAGAAAGACAGAAAAUAAAAUAAUUUAAAAUGGAAAUAAACACGAACUCGUGAAAUAUAGGACUGGAGUACAACGACAUAUUGAACAGAUGUUCGUGAACUCAUCGUUACCUGUUUUUAUUUGUAUGCUCAGCGUCAUGGAUUUAUUAGAAGUUGGUGUUAUUGCGUAAAAUUAAUCAGUAAUUUUCAAAUCAAAACGUCAAAACGUGUCGAAGCCAAACGCGAAAAGGGAUUUCCCGAUGAAAUGGAGUUCAACUGUCUAUAUCAGAAGUUAUCAAUCUGGAUGAUUUAUUGACGGACUUUUCUGGAAAGACUUUUAGUUUUUGUGAAGAGUUUCGUCAGUGAUUUACAGUCGUUUCGUUGUAUAUAUUUUAAUUGGCAAACAGCAGGACUAUCGGGAAGUUUUAGUCUUUCACGGCAACAAACGGAAAAGACGCAGGAAAAACAUUAAUGACCGGCGAAACAUGUUGUAGCGAGUGAGCAUUAUUAUAGUGAAAACACGUCCAUCUUCUGCAUGUGUGAGAAAUGAAGGAAAAGUCUAAGAAUGCAGCGAAGACACGAAGAGAAAAGGAAAAUGGAGAGUUUUAUGAGCUGGCCAAACUGUUGCCUCUGCCGUCAGCGAUCACAUCUCAGCUGGACAAAGCGUCCAUCAUCAGACUGACCAGCAGCUACCUGAGGAUCCGAGGCCUGUUCCCUGAGGGUCUCGGAGGCGCCUGGGGUCAGUCAGCACGGCUCAGUCCUCGGGAUCUCAUGGCCAGGGAUCUGGGAUCUCACCUGUUGCAGACGCUGGACGGGUUUGUGUUUGUCGUGGCGUCUGACGGUAAAAUCAUGUACAUUUCAGAAACAGCUUCAGUUCAUCUGGGUCUGUCACAGGUGGAACUGACUGGGAACAGCAUCUUUGAGUACAUCCACCCGUCAGACCAUGAUGAGAUGAGCGCGGUGCUGAGUGCUCACCCACCAUUACAUCCACACUUCCUGCAGGAGUUUGAGCUGGAGCGCUCGUUCUUCCUGCGGAUGAAGUGUGUGUUGGCGAAGAGGAACGCGGGACUCACGUGUGGCGGGUAUAAGGUGAUUCACUGCAGCGGGUACCUGAAGCUCCGUCAGGUCGUGAUGGAUGUGUCUCUGUACGAGUCCUGCUAUCAGAUCGUGGGUCUGGUGGCCGUCGGUCAGUCUCUUCCUCCCAGCGGCGUGACGGAGCUCAAACUCCACAGCAACAUGUUCAUGUUCCGCGCGAGUCUCGAUCUCAAACUCAUCUUCCUGGACAGCAGGGUGUCGGAGUUAACCGGGUAUGAGCCGCAGGAUCUGAUUGAGAAGACUCUCUACCAUCACGUCCACGGCUGCGACGUCUUCCAGCUGCGAUACGCACAUCAUCUACUGCUGGUCAAGGGGCAGGUCACCACCAAGUACUACCGCCUGCUGUCGAAACACGGCGGCUGGGUCUGGAUGCAGAGCUGCGCCACCAUCGUCCACAACAGCCGCUCGUCUCGACCGCACUGCAUCGUCAGCGUCAACUACGUCCUCACGGAUGUGGAAUACAAAGAGAUGCAGCUCUCGCAGGACCAGAGCCGACCCAGACCGCCGGUGUCCUAUAAGAACUGUCUCGCAGCUCCUCAGGACUCACGCAAACAGCUGAAAGCCAAAGCAGCCAAACUCAAAAGCAAAGCCAAAGCAUGUCCCUAUCCGCAGGCGAAGGUGCUGACCGACUCAGCUGGGAACGUGGCGUCGAGUGUGUGUGGUUUCCAGACCUCGCUGGAGUCUCCGUGCUGGAAGAGCUGCCAGCAGAGCCCCGUCUCACUGAUCCAGGAGCCGCCCCACAUGCUGCCACUGUCCUACGCAUACACACACACACACACACAGACGCAGGCCUCCGGCGACUGCCGGAAAGCCCCGGUGACCUCGAUCUCCUCCAGACGACCCGUCCUCUCCUCACUGCAGUCGCCCUGGAGCUGCGCUAACAAAGCUGCGGCGCACCUGCAAACUCCGGCGUGCAGCGCAUUCUCAGGUCCGGCGGCCGACGGCGCGUUCGCAGCUCAGCUUCUGCCCGGAGGCUUCAGACCCGCCGCUGCGUUUAAAGAGGAACCCGGACAGAACCAGAACCAGGGCUUCGGUCAGCGCAGGCCAUACGAGGACAGGCUCUCGGAUCAUGACCCGGAGGAGAAGAGGCUGCUGGGAACGACACAGAGUCCGUACGUCUCCCUGAACCUUCACCACGUUCUGUCCAAACGCGGCCCUUUCCCAGCCGGACCUUGCGCUCUGAGUGAGGGGGGGAACCCGUACCUGUACCAGACCCAGAGCGCUCCCGACGGACCCCGCCAGUACCUGUACCGGACCCACAGCCCCGGUCCCGAAGGACCCCGCGCACCUCACUGCAUCGGCACGUCGGUCAUCAUCAGCAACGAAAGGUGACGCGCACUGACCUCCGACCUCUUCGACCGUCUUAUGCAAAGCUGCAGAUGUUCUGAUCACACAUAAAGAACGUCAGGUAUGGAAUAUAUUUCUCCCGUUGUGCAGCCAGUUCACCGGGACACUACCGCAUCCUCUCCGGGACACCGAGGAAGAGGAAGCUGAAGGACGCUUCGUGACUCAGGGUCUCCAGAUGAACCUCACUAAACUCACACAUAUGCAAGUCACACAAUGAUCCACAUAUUGUAUUUGAAACACUCUUUUGUGCCAUUCUUUACCAAAUGAAAACAUCUGAUCUAUUUUAACUAUUUAAAUAAUAAUAAUAAUUCAUUACAUUUAUAUAGCGCUUUUC